AAUAAUUGCAUAUAAAAGAGUUGAGUCACAAUUCAUUCAGUAGUCAGUUACUUUGCUAAAGUUGUGUGGUAAUGGCUCCCGAUGCUGCCGCCGCCGCCGGAGGGAAGAAGAGAAAACGCUAUCUUCCUCACAACAGACCAGUGAAGAAGGGUUCGUAUCCAUUGCACCCUGGUGUGCAAGGGUUUUUCAUCACUUGCGACGGAGGAAGAGAACACCAAGCCUCACGCGAAGCUCUCAAUAUUCUCGAUUCGUCCUAUGACGAGCUACUUGAUGGGGAACUUCCAAGUGUGAAAGAGUUGUCCGAUAGACCUGUAAAUACAAAAAUUACGUUUGCAGAUUCUGACUCUUCCAGUAGUGGUGAUGAUGAAGAUGAUGAUGAUGAUGAGGAGGAGGAGGAUGUGCAGGCACCCGAGGGAGGCAAGGAAAAGGAGGAUAAAAAGCCUAAACUGGAUGUUUGCAAUAGCGAGAGUACCACCCCUGUCAAUGAAACUGGUGAAAAACCAGAUCCUGAAAAAUUUGAUGAUCUGCAUGCUCAGGCUGGGGAUAAAGCUAAUGAUGAUAAAGUAGACCUCGACAGCCCUAAGACCAUAAAAAAGACAGAUGAUGAGCUACCAGUUGUGAAACAGUGCUGCAAAACAAAUGUGCUAACAUGUGAUUUGGGCGAAAAAAAAGUGGAAGAGAAGUCCAUCGAUAAGUUAAUUGAAGCCGAACUCGGAGAACUGAGAGACAAGAAUAAGAGACGCUUUGUCAAGCUUGAAUCAGGUUGUAAUGGUGUGGUAUUUGUUCAAAUGCGGAAGAAAGAUGGAGAUAAAAGCCCCAAGGAUAUAGUUAAUCAGAUAGUGACAUCAGCAGCAUCAACAAGGAAACAUAUGUCGAGGUUUAUCUUGAGAAUCUUGCCAAUUGAAGUCUCAUGUUAUGCUUCAAAGGAGGAAAUUUCAAGAGCAAUCAAGCCUCUUGUGGAACAGUACUUUCCUGUGGAAACUCAAAAUCCACAAAAGUUUGCUGUACUGUAUGAAGCACGGGCAAAUACUGGUGUUGACAGGAUGGAAAUCAUUGAUGCUGUGGCUAAGUCUGUUCCUGCACCGCAUAAAGUUGAUCUCAGUAAUCCUGAUAAAACAAUAGUAGUUGAAAUUGCCAGGACUGUUUGCUUGAUCGGGGUCAUUGAGAAGUACAAGGAAUUCUCUAAGUACAAUCUUAGGCAGUUAACAUCACGUAAAGUAUGAGCCUUCCAGACAAUCUGUUGUUUGUUGAUGUGGCAAAAUUCAUACCUUGACCUAUUUAUAUUUGUAGCAAGUGCUAGAUUUAGCAAGUAACUUAAAUGUAAUCCAGUUGUUUCUAACAAAUCAAACAAAAAAUUCAUAUGCAGCAAAUUGCUCAAAUGCGGUUGCGAUUUCAAAUCUUUUAUAAUCUCCAUGAUAUUUAUUA